CUUCAGAUCCAUUGGCCGGACACUAUUAGCAACAACGUACUGUGGGAGAGAACAAACCAGAUCCCAGUGGAGGAAGAAAUCAGGAAGAAGCGCUGGAAGUGGAUAGGACACACAUUGAGGAAAGCACCCAACUGCGUCACAAGACAAGCCCUCACAUGGAAUCCUGAAGGUCAAAGGAAAAGAGGAAGACCAAAGAACACAUUACGCCGAGAAAUGGAGAUAGACAUGAGAAAAAUGAACAAGAAUUGGAUGGAACUAGAAAAGAAGGCCCAGGACAGAGUGGGUUGGAGAAUGCUGGUCAGCGGCCUAUUCUCCAUUGGGAGUAACAGGCGUAAGUAAGUAAGUAAGUAAGACUGCAGAAUCUCUCUUGAAGUUAGUCUUUCUUGUCCAGAUUAUUUUCGAUGAGUUUAAUUUAUUUCAAGCAAUACCAGGCUGCAUUUUCUCAUUUCUACGGCUAUUGGAAUGAGCCUUUCGGUCUUCUACAUCGCUUGUACAUUCUAUAUAUCAUAUAUAUAUUUUGCUUUCGAUAUAGCUGGUAAAAGGAACACUGGCAUUGUGACCCUUCGAAGUCGUGGGUUCCAUUACGAAGUGUCAUAACUCCUAUAAAUCAAGACCGAGUUCCGGAGCAGUUUAGUCAGUUUAACUUAUUUACUCUAGUUAGGUUAUUUUUGGCGGGUUUCGUUUUACGAGGUUGUGUUGCUUACCCUACGCCGGACCCUUCUCCACCUGAGAUUGGGAUCGGUAGUAAUCCUAAAAGUGUUGCAAACGCAGUUAUCUUCCUGAUGGAUAACGAAUAAAAAGUAUUUUGAAAUGUUUAGCUAAAAGUGUCCAACUAGUGUUUUUCAUAUUGACAGUGAAAAAAUCCUAUGUUUAUACAGCGAUACCCCAGAGUGCCAGUUCUUAAGGGAACUAAGAAAACACUUUCGGUUCCCCAUCUUCCCACUUUGAAAAUUAUCCACAAAUUUCAAUAGAUUGAUUAAUUGAAAAAACCAAACAUAAGCGACUAACAUAUUAUGGAAGUCCAUGUACCGAAACACACCAUUGUCUACUCAAUGUUGUACUUUCUGGUUUGUAAUUCAAAUGACGAUAACUACUAAGAAAAAUAUUCUUGCUUCAAUUAGCAUUCAGACAAAUUACAUUCACAAUCAUUUGAUAGCAUUCAUUUUCAUUUUUUAAUAUACUACGUCACUUAUCUAUUCUCUUCUAUUCUCACUUUGUGUAUUCUUACUUUUCAACUUAUACAACAGUUCGCCUGUGGUGGAAAUCUGUUCUACCACCGACUACGAAUACUGAAACAGUCUUUCUGAAACCAUGUAUGCAAUUCAAACCAGUCUCCUUCAACGUUCGCACACUAAAUGAGAUCGGGCAACAGAUAGGGUUGGCUGUCUUUAGAAAGUUUUAAUAUCGGCGUCUGAUGUCUAUCCGAGACCCUUAUUCAAGACUCUACUAAAGUACUGCAAGUUCACUUUCCAUCUGUCACUUCGAAGAGCUUGCUUCACGUGAGUUUAUCUGGGGACCCUGUGGUAUCUUCGUCUGGUUUUGCUGGCGUUGGUGUUUCAUUAAGCGCUAGAGCUGAGGCAGCACUGAAUGAUUGGAUUCCUAAUGACAGUCGGUUAUGUCCUGUUAAACUAGAAAGCUCCAUCAAAGUGAGUAGAAAUCAGUAUAAGAAAUGAUGUGCUUUCGUCAUCUCUGCAUACACUCCGACAUAUUGCAAGCCGAAUGCGAUCAAAGAUAAGUCCUACCACCUGUUAAGUGUUGUUCUGUAGAAGAUACAUCCGACAGAUAUUGUAGUACCAAUGGGAAACUUGAAGGCACAGAUCAGGUGUCUAGGCACGGAAGAGAGUUGGGUCGAUGAGGACUUGUUGGUCGCAGGUCAGAUAACGGUAACCAUCUACUGCAACUGUGCGCAGAUCACAACCUAUUUCCGGCUAGAGCUAACUACUGGCACAGUCAUCGCCAAUGUGCCACUUGGCGUCCUCCCUCUGCAUCUGAAGCCUGGACUCAGAUUGAUCACAUCGCGAUCAGCUAUCGUUGGUGUGGUUGUGUACACGACUGCAGCCAGACUGUCUGUUUCAGUGUAGGACCAGGCACACAUAUGCAUCGGUCCAAGUUGCCACACCUCAUUAGCAAUGCAAGACGAACACCAAAUUCAUAGUAGUUAAUUCAGUGGUGGUAAUAUAUAUAUGAAAGAUUGUGUAUCAGGAUAUCAUACAGGAAGAAAGGUAUAAAGCUAUUUUAAUCUCACUGUUUAAGAACAGACAAAGAAUGUUUGCAUCUACGCGAUUGUGAUCGAUUCUGAGCUAUGUCAUCCAGAGUCUCCAACCGUUGGUUACGAUAAUUACACGGACCCCAACCAAAUAGCCUGUAUCUACCAACAUGUCUCAGACUAGAAUUUAGUGACUUCAAGAACUAAUGCCACGUUUUGCUUUGGCCGCCCCUGACUUUCUUCCAUCCCCAACCUACUUCAAUGUUCCAUUCAGGCUGUUUGAGCAUAGUGGGUAGUUGUAGAGUAGCUGAAGGUCAGCUGAACAGCUCCUUAAAGUGUUUUGCCCAUCGUUCUGAACGUCUGGACCGGUGCAGGACUACUGCUCCUUUUGGAGUAUCUAUCUGUACUCUGACCAUGCCCUUGUUUGUGGUAAUCUUACCUUCGUCCUAUACGGAUCGAUGUCAGUAAAUUGGUUUCAGCUUCUGUUGCAACUAAAUAUCAAAGCGGGCUAGGUUCAAGGCUAGCUACCAUUCCACCGAAAAGUAUAGAUGAGCAUUGGUUGCAAUUGCAUGACGCCAUCAAAAUGGCGGGUACAGUCAGUUGUGGGUUCGCGAAACGUCCCGCUUAUAAGCACUGGGUUUUUAGGCUCCUUACAGCUUGUUGAAGCUAGUCGGUCUACUCCGGGUGACCACGAAUUUGUUCACAAACGAAUACUGUUACACAAUGAAAUUGUGCAAAACUUGCGUAAGAACCAAGAAGCCUAGUGGUCGGAGUGUGUCAAUGAGUUUGAAGCAGCAGUUGCAUCUGGUAACUGCCGGAUGUUCUUUCAACUCAUCCGAUUCACCGGCGUCAAGAGGUUUGGUGUGAGCCAAACAACCUGUAAAGAUGAAGGGAUGCCAAUCACUAACAUCUAUCGACGUCUUGUACGAUGGGCAGAAUUUUUCGAAGGGCAGUUCGACUGGCCUGCUGCUUCGGCAACAUCGGUCAGACUGUCCUGCCCUCCAUGGUCGAUGACUACUGAUCCACCAAAUGAGGUGGAAGUCCGCAAGGAACUCCAACUCUUGAAGCGCUACAAAUCACUGGGCCCAGAUGACUUACCUCCUGCCCUUUCUAAAGAUUGUGGUGACUUUCUGACUAAGGAACUGACGACGUUGUUUAAAAGGUCUGGGAGCUAGAGAGUGUACCAACGUCAUGGAAUGAGUCGAUAGUUGUCCCUAUCUUUAAUAAGGGUUCACAUCGUUCCUGCAACAACUAUCGGGGGGUAAGUCUACUUCCGAUUGAGUUCAAGCUGUUGGCUUCCGUCAUACUUCGUAGGUUGUUCAAAACCCGAGAAUGAUUGACUCGCGAGGAGCAGGCUGGGUUUCGUUCUGGUCGAGGAUGUAUUGAUCAUAUCUUCACCCUGCACCAAAUGUUAGAACACCGCCAUACUUAUCAAAGGCCAACAAUCGUAGUGUUUCGUGACAGUAGGGCCGCCUUUGAUUCAUUGAAAAGGACUGUUCUCUGGGAUUAUCUUUUAAAGAAGGGUGUGCCUGAGAAGCAUAUUAACAUCCUCAAAGCCCUAUAUACAAACACUUCAGGCAGAGUGAGGGCAUACAACCACCUCUCUCCAUUGUUCCAUUCGAGCAGUGGGGUUAGGCAGGGUUGCCCAAUCUCACCAUUACUCUUCCAAUUUGCCAUCGACGACAUUCUGGAAACAGCUCUGAUGGAUGUAAGUAAUGGCGGUGUGGAUCUGUUGCCUGGAGAAAGACUUCUCGACCUUGAGUAUGCGGAUGAUAUUGUCUUACUGUGCGAUAAUGCCCAAGGCAUGCAAUCCGCACUUAAUCAGUUGGCAAUCAGUGUCCGUAGGUUUGGUAUGUGCUUUGCACCUUCGAAGUGCAAAGUACUUCUACAAGACUGGCAGGAUUCUAAUCCUGUACUUACUCUGGAUGGUGAACAGAUAGAAGUAGUCGAGAAGUUCGUGUAUCUGGGUAGCUGCAUAAGUGCUGGUGGUGGCGUGAGUGAUGAGAUCGAUUCACGUAUAAUGAAAGCCAGAGCGGCUUAUGCCAAUCUGGUCCACCUUUGGCGCCUUCUUGAUGUCAGUCUGGCUGUAAAAGAUCAGAUCUACAACGCGUCGACGAUAGCAGUUUCGCUCCAUGCUUGUGAAACCUGGCAUUCAGUUACCUUGAACAUAGUACUAGACAGAGGUUUGACCUCCUGAUCCAUUUGUUUAAAGUCUAGUACUUAAAUCAAUAACCCAACACUUUACUUCAAUGGUUGUUCAGAAGUCUUUUACACUAUGUCUUCUGUUCAUAAGAAAUAAAUACGUGUCACUUCCAAUUACUUAUUUGCGAUUCCAUAAGCCGCUUAUCCAUCUUACUUUUCUACAACCUUGGGUUCGGUUUCGUGAUUCUCUUGAGUGAUUUUUAUAACAAGUUACUAUCAUGCUAUCUUUUAUUUUUGGUGAUUUUGAUUCCUCAGUACAUCUAGUUCUUAUUCUGCUGAUGGGAAAUUAGGUCAUCCUCAGCUAAUCUUUAAGUUUGCAGCGUUUGAUCACUUAUGGGUAUGGUUGUUCAAAAAUUAGAUUGGUUGGAGAGGUUUUUGUUAAUUUUUCUUGACUUUUCUCAUUCGUAGUUUUUGAUGGGAAGGCGUUUAAUACCUAUCAAGCAAUUACGUGUCCGCACAUAGAAACAAUAAGCUCUUCAUUUGAUUGGAUCCCUCAAGCUGUUCCCGGUCAUUUGAGCAAAUUACUUGCGCGUUUACAUGGUGCCCCAUUUGUGUGGUUCAUUGGUCAGUUGGGUAAAUUUUUAAUGCGUCCAUCGUUUAACUUCCCUGAAGAAUUUAAAAUAUUCGACGAUCAACAUGAGAAUCCAGUUGUUGGUAUUCAUGUCCGACGUACGGAUAAAGUGAGUUUGUGUACUCUUAUCAUACAGUUUUUCAUUUUCUUUUACUUAACUAGUGUGACGAAGUGAUUAUUUACGGUUAGAUUUGUGAGUAAAAUUACUAAUUAUAAAACAUAACUCAUGUCGAUGUACAAGUUUCCCUAGCCAUAUUAAAGAUAUUUGACUACCGGAGAAUUACUUCAAUUUCAUAGAACAAAUCUAAUCAGUGGUAUACUAGAAAGGAUUUAAACAAUGUGGAGAGGUACGGUAAGGUAACUUAAAUAGUAUAGCAAACUGUGAACUGGGUGAAAUAACUUUCACUGAGUAAUAUAUCUUAUUGGUUUACAGCAAACUGAAAUAACAGCCGCAUCAUGGCAAAAUGAUAGUGGACAAAAAAUAUUAAUCUGUUAAGUUUAUUGACGAUUUCUAACGAAUUUUGAAAUCGUUUGAGAAUUGUUUCUUAGAUGAAAUGAUUCAUUUAUUUGAACACAUAAAUAUUGGUACAAAGGGGCAACGAAUACAUAUGCGCUACACAAGUCACUUGAUUUGUGUAUGGGCUGUGAUACUACCCGGGUGCCCAGACCGAAACAGGUGGUUUCCUUAGGAGGCCACGCCUCGAGCCUUCGACUCAUCCACAAGGCAGUGGAACAAAGUCAGGAGAUGCAGUCGCAUGGUAGCCGGUGGUCAAUAAUUGGUUCAUACGUCAUGAAAUGAGAAAUCAACUGUAAAGUCAUUUAGAUAACGAAGUGUUUGCUAGUUUUCUCUGCAUUUUACGUGUAUAAGUGAUAUUGCAAGGAAAUCGUUUGAAUGGUUAGUAGAAUAAUUUUUAUCGUCCUCAACGUCGUGAAGAAGUAUAAACAGCGAAUAAACAGUGAGGUAACAAAAUGAUUAUAAUAUAGGUUUAUGAAAUUUCGACAGGAUGUGGGUAAUUAAAGAAGCUCCGUAAAAUUAAUAAGCUAAUAUUGGGCUAAAAUAAGAAUGGAUUUAGGUAAUUUAAACGAUUAAAGGUGCAGUUGGAUUAGUCCCGAAAAUCUUCAAGGAUCGCAGCUCAGUUUUAACAGUUAGAUUGAAUAAUAUCUUAGCUAGAAUUUUGGAACUGGACGUGAUUCUAUCUGAUUGGUUUCAAUCGCUAGUCGUCGCAGUUUACAAGAAAGGACAAAAACUAUUUUGUGACAAUCAUCGAAGAAUUAGUUUAACCAAUAUAGUGCCUAAAAUAUCAGCUUCAACUCUUAACCAAGGUUCGGAAAGAGCAAACCUGAAAAAUCUAGUCUCGUUUCAUACCUGAACAUGGAUUUAUAGACUGAAUACUUACUUUUUGGUAGGUUCUGGAACAAAAAUUACUUUUUGACGUCUGACUAUGGUUGUAUCCCUUGAUAUUAAGGCGGUAUUCGACGCCGUUGGCCGUGAGUUUUUGUUGGAGUGUCUGUCAUUGAAAGCCGUACCAAGGAAGUACAUCAAGAUUGUUCCGAGUCUCAACCUAAACGCUACUGGUCAAGUCGACUGUGAUCAGAACUGAUAAUUUUAAGUGGUGUUUGUCAGGAUUUUCCGCUUUUCUCAUUUUUAAUUAACUUCAUCAUAGACAUUCUUUUGGAGAUGACGCUCUCAUCUAACGUUUUAGUUAUUGAUCUUUUACUAGGAUAUUUAUUUGUUGACUUGGAAUACGCAGAUGGUAUAGUUCUGUUUAGUGAAGACUGAAAAAUGCAGUCUCCUAACCGCCUUAAACAAUAGUGAGAAAUGUUGCUCCAGGAUUGCUCUGCGACCGCUUCACUUAUCAUGAGAGUUUCAUGAGUUUUAUCCCGACCAUAGCUGCUACCUUGACGCAAUGGUCGGGCUUGCCUAUCGUGACGACCCAAUUGAGCUAUAUUGGCUGGAACAUAUGUUGCUGUAGGUUCUACCAUGCCAGGCAGGUCGAUUGGAGAACGGUAAGACUAAAAGCAGCAACUCAAGGUCUGAGGGCGAAGUCGUACUGCUGACUGCAGAGGGUUGUGACAGCAGUAAGGUGUUUCCCUCGGACAACCAGCGUCUACAGCGAUACCGCCUUCUCACAAGGAAGGAAGGGGUUAAAAAGGUUGACCCUAAAAAUGUCACACCUCACCUUACCUCACGGAUUUCCGUCUCCGGCGGUAAGGCCCUUUGAAGAACGGAGCUAACACAUUCAAAACCUCUCACGAAAAGGCCGUGCGCGACCGACUUCAAGCAGUUGUCCCGUGGGCUCUGCGGUCACGCUCCCAGGUCUUUUAGGCCAACGUUACUCCAACUUUCAUGCAAUUAGUUCCCUUUAUGAAUUUAAAUAAAGCAAGAACAAAUAUUGAUGCAGAAUAUUACGGAUUCAUAAUAUAUACAUAUAUUUCUUAUCUCAAUGUAAAAUUCUAUUACAUAUUUGGCUGUAAGCAGCUGACGAGAAACCUCGAAAUAUUAUGAAUUCAUACUGUUCUGCAUCAAUGUUUGUUCUUGCUUUAUUAAUCAAACUUCCUUUUCAGGUUCCUCAAGAAAUACCCUUUCACGAUGCUAUAUCCGAGCGAAGAUUAAGUCACGACUAACUUCUGAGACAUAUUAAUUGACUAAUAUUAUGGUAUAACUAUUCAAUAAUUAGAUUAUGUAUAUUUAUAUUCCCCUUAUUAUAAGCUUUAUUUUGACCUAUAAUUUGUUAUUGUACGAUUUACUGUUCUUAAGCUAUGUUCAGUUUAUUGACUACUGUCUCCCACGUCCACAGCUACUUUUUGGCAUUAUUGUCUACAAAUGUUAUUUCUUAUUUUAUGGUGCGUUGCGGUCUGUUUGUUUGAUAUAUAAAUCCAGUAUGUCUGAAAUAAAUGAUUCGAUUCGAUUCAUAUUGUAAAAGCUGGAGUCAAGUAGACGGGCUAGGCGGACAUAGGACCAAUAAGGACGCUAGACCGUUCAUACCGGUCAAACGUCAUUGGUUUUGGCACAGUGUUAAGAUUGUAUAAGUCGUAUUUUGAUUGGUGGAUAAACCACGUGAUAAAAGUCGAACAUAAGUCAUAAAACACACAGUGUGGGCAGCCGGGAAGUGACAUCAGCGCUCAUACCCGUAACAACACACGAGGCCAAACUGGUCACAUUCAAAUCCUUCCUACACCUCCUAAUACUGACCGACUCUGAGUUUUAUUGGGCUGGUGUCUAACAAUAUCUACGCACGGAUUCCAAAUGCUCGACUGGUUUUUGACAACUUGUGUCACUUACAUUGUAGGCGAGCUAUCCUUUUGGCAACUAACGGGCGAGUUUACUGCUCAGCAUUUCGAUCCGUUUAUCUGUGGGUGUGAAGUAUGGCCAUUAAAAAUAGAGGAUAUUCUUAGGUUAUUAGCAUUCGAUAGUAAAUGUCUUUGAAUUAUUGCUCGUAUGUUUUGAGACCACCGAAUAAGGUGUUGGGGAUAAGGAACUUGAUAAUGAUGGGGAGUCAAGUGAUGAAACAAUAAAUAUCCACCGGUAAAGGUGGUUGUGACGUGUGUUACAUAUGGCCGCCCACUGUCAACCUCGACAGUGUCUGGUGUAGGAGUAGGUUGGAGGAAAUCUAGUUGUGAACAGGUCACGACGUGACACUAGUCUGUGAAGUCAUUGACAAUUGGCCUAAUCAUGUAGGUAGAUCUUGACUGCCUGUUUGGGUUCUACGUGAUUCUCGCAACCAACGGUUAAGGACUUUGAAUGACAUGACUCAAAAUCUUUCGCAAUUUCUGAAAGGCAUCCAUUCUUCAUCUUCCCUUGGAUUUCAAAUUUCUAAAUUCCACAUAAUUUUUGUAUUUCAUCUCCAUACAUAUAUCUUGUUUUUUCUUACCUAAUUUUUCUUAAUAUUGCUGGUACUGUUAUUACUUCUAAUACUCUGAGAUUGAUCUUGAAAUAAUUUUAUCUCACUGUGCUAACGUGUUAUGUCAACUUAAAGCGAUUGACACAUGUACCAGGUGCAACAUUGUGUUUAGUUGUCUCACCUUCAGAUUUUUCUUAUUUUACUGAGUAAUUCAUGUAAGCAGCAAUAAACCUUUCGGUCCUAGUAUUAGGUGGUUAACAUUUGACCUACUCGUUGGUAGAUACCUUCUAUAGUUAGUGAACAAGUUACUUUUUGUGAACCUUAAUGAAUAUGAAAAAGCACUGUUUCGUCUAAUCCUUUCGUGAUUUAUGUGAAUAAAUUAUUAAGGUAACCCUUUUCUUAACCAUUUCGUUUUUUUGUACGAUUUUAGAUAAAUACUGAAGCGAGUUUUCAUAGUUUAGAAGAAUAUAUGACUGAAGUUGAGAGCCAUUUUCAAUUCAUAGAUGCCAAACGUCAAAUGAUGUCUAGAACUGAAGAGUGGAGAAAUGACAUCAAAUCGCCGUUUCGUCAUAAUGUAUAUCACCAAUUAAAACCAGUACAACGACGUGUGUAUAUAGCUACAGACGACCCUAGUGUAUUUAAUGAAACUAAAUUAAAGUAUCCCAACUAUAUAUUUUAUGGUAAUCGCGGACGUGCUAAUUCAGCUUCUGUCUUCAGACGAAAAAAUGAAGAUUCUAUUAUGGGUGUGGUAACUGACGUGUUCGCUUUAUCAAGAACGAAUUAUUUAGUUUGCACUUUUUCUUCACAGGUAAGUUAAAUUUCUUGUUUUGAUGACGAUCAUGGCAACUUGUAAUCCCUUGUCUAUGAUGUGAAAUUCGAACCAGCUUUGUCUGAAUGCCGAUCAUUUCUUGAUCCUACGUUGAUUAUAACUGACUUAACUUCAUAACCUUCGAGUUAGACUUUAAUUUUGUGAUGUUGCGAGCUGAUAAUUGUCUGAGUAACAUAGAUUUAUGUAUAAAGUGGAUAAAAAUCGGUUUGUUAAGCGAUGUUUCGUUCUAAGUAAAUUCGAGAUAAAAUGUUGACUAUCCUAGUGAUUUGAAAUCGAAAUACUACAGAACGUCUUUGAAUAUGUAUUCGAAACGUUAACUUGAUAAAUAAGUGGGAUUCGCUUGGGUUCGGAAAUUACUACUUCCUAGUUUCAUUCAGUGUUACAACUUCUAAUACAUUUUGACAUGUAUGCAUUUAGUUUCUAAUGUGUCGGUCAAAAUAAACAGAUUUUACUGCCUAGUUAUUUUGGACCUAUCAGACCGGACUAUAGGGCAGUAGAACAGUUGUACUGAUCUAGUCCGAGCAUCAACUAGUUCGCCUAAACUAUAAAUCUAGUACUAAGGACCGUCAGCUAACCAUUGAUAUGCUGAAUGUGAGAUAACAUCCAAGAGUAACUAGUUAAUUAUUGGCCCAGAACUCAGUUUCCCAUGCUUGCUUGCCUGAUAAACAAAAUAGAGAACAACCCAACAACCAGAUAGUAUCUGAUUAUACGUUUCGAAUCUAUGAAUACCUCUUAUAAUAAUAUAGAGCGAAAUCGUGACCACACGUUAAUAGAGUUAAUGAAUUACAAUAUGGGCACAACUGUGCCAUAAAUGGAAGAGAACUGAGUGGUAGGUCCUUCAUAAAUUAAUUUUGAUAUAGGAAAGACGAAACAAGAUCUUACAAGUGGGGAAUACAAAAAUGUGACGGUUAAACUAUUUAAGAAUUGAACAACAAAAAAUGUCAACAAUAACUUCAUGUAGGAUCGUUCUGAAAGUUCUCUUUCGUUUUAUAUUUAUCCCGAUAUAGCAGUUUCAUUGUAACUCACGAUCUGUUGAUUACUCCCACUGAACUAAUUAUUCAUUGUUGAUUUAUAAGUUGUUUUUAUAAAUAUCUUCACAUUUUCUAUGGAAGUUUAUAAGCUAGAGGAUCAACAUGUAGUGGUUUCAUACUGACAAAAAGUACCAAAGGUAAAUUCCAAAGCUUGUUUACCUCGUAUUAUAAAUAGUCGAUUAGCCCCAAACACGAUAAAUGCAAAGUACUGAAUUUCAUUAAUAGGCAUUUAUCUGUAUAUUAUCAACAGUCAUUUUUGUAGCUAUCCUUCCAUUAAUAUUCUUGCUUUGUUCGUUUGUACUAUUUAAACUUGGGUUUAUUUAAUUUGGUUAUUUAUUCUCUAAAGAAUUGUCUUACACUGAGUCACGAAACUUCAGAAAUUUAAGAACCCUAUUUUUUUCUUACUCAUAAG